AGUGAACUACAACCCUGAGGACGACAUUCAUUUCUCUUCUCUUAAUGUCUGGCAAACUUUCACAUUUGCGCUCAUGAAUAAGACGAAGAAGGGUGCUAAAGAGGAAAUACCAAUCAUCGCUAACGCCCUGUUAAAAAUAUUCGGUAUCAGUCAUACUAAGGUAAGUAAUAACUAUACCCCCCGAGAUAUCUCCGAACAUGUCUCGGUAAGUCAGUUACUAACAAAAUUAGUAUACACUCGUUGGCGAUGACUACACUCGAGGAGUGUCCGGCGGCGAGCGUAAGCGAGUGUCCAUUGCUGAGACGCUAGCAUCAAAGUCCACUGUGAUGGCAUGGGAUAACUCAACUCGCGGUUUAGAUGCCUCAACGGCUCUCGACUACGCCAAGUCACUAAGAAUUAUGACCGACAUCAGCAAUCGGACAACCCUCGUGACACUAUACCAAGCCGGUGAAGGCAUCUACGAGCUCAUGGAUAAAGUCCUAGUCAUCGACCAAGGCCGGCAAAUAUUCUCAGGGCCCGCCAAAGAUGCGAAACAGUACUUCAUAGACCUUGGAUUUGAAUGUCCCGAAAGGCAAACUACGGCGGAUUUCUUGACCGCAGUUACUGAUCCAAAUGAGAGGCGUUUCAGACCUGGGUUCGAGGACCGAGCACCUAAAACGGCCGAAGAGCUGGAGACGGCCUUCCGCAACUCGCCGAACUACCAAAAGCUAUUGGAAGAUGUCCAAGACUACGAGGAGCACCUCCAACGCACGGAUUUCGCAGACGCGAGGAAAUUUGAAGGCGCCGUACAAGAGGCCAAGUCGAAGCAUGUUAGCAAGAAGUCCCCUUACACAGUGUCGUUCACUCGCCAGGUAUGGGCGUGUACCAAACGAGAAUUCUGGCUCUUAAUCGGGGAUAAGUUGACUCUCGGGACCAAAUUCUUCAUUACAAUGUCUAGCGGUCUUAUAGUCGGCUCCAUCUACUACAAGGAACCGUUCUCGACUGCGGGGGCUUUCACCCGCGGUGGCGCCUUGUUCUUCUCUGUGGUCUUCCUUGGCUGGCUUCAGUUGGCAGAGCUCGGGAAGGCCGUCAGUGGCCGUGUGAUCGUCGCUCGUCACCGAGAUUACGCCUUCUACCGCCCUUCUGCCGUGUCACUUGCUCGUCUUAUUCUGGACUUCCCAGUCAUCUUUGCUCAGGUUUCUAUAUUUGGGAUAGCCAUGUAUUUCAUGACGAACUUGGAUGUCGAUGUAAGCAAGUUCUGGAUAUACUUGCUAUUUGUUUAUACCACGACGAUAAUGAUCACGGCCCUCUACCGGAUGUUUGCCAGUUUAUCGCCGGAAAUCGAUACGGCUUUGCGCUUCUCUACCCUUGCUCUCAAUUUGCUUGUUAUCUUCACGGGGUAUGCUAUACCCAAGACACAACUCUUAGACAAGUACAUCUGGUUCGGAUGGCUAUAUUGGAUCAAUCCAUUAUCUUACAGCUUCGAGGCAGUCUUAACAAAUGAGCUCUCGGAUCAAGUAAUGGAUUGCGCCCCUGAACAGCUCGUCCCUCGAGGUCCUAACUUCCUACCAGAGUAUCAAGGAUGCGCUCUUACUGGGUCUAAACCAAAUUCUCGAGUGGUUGCGGGCAGUGACUACUUACAAACUGCCCUUGGCUAUAGUCGUUCGAACCUCUGGCGGAACUUUGGUGUUGUGGUUGCUUUCACGAUUCUAUAUCUGCUCAUUACAGUUUUUGCGACGGAGAUGUUCGAUUUCUCAUCUGAUGGCGGCGGCGCUCUAAUCUUCAGGAAAAGUCGAAGAGCGAAGAAGCAAGCCCAGAAGGCUGCUACACCAUCCGACAUUGAGAACGAAGGUGCCGACAGCAGCGGGUCUUCCGCCACCAGGGUCGAGGAUUCCCAAGCUACUAGCGAGGAACAGAGAGAGGCAUUGGGGCAACUAACAAAGAGUGAAUCAAUCUUCACUUGGCGAGAUGUCGAGUACACCGUACCCUACCUCGGCGGCGAGCGUAAACUUCUAAAUAAAGUCAACGGCUAUGCGAAGCCUGGUAUCAUGGUCGCACUCAUGGGUGCUUCCGGCGCCGGCAAGUCGACCUUGCUGAAUACUCUGGCGCAGCGACAGCGAACUGGUGUGGUAACAGGUGAGAUGUUCGUUGACGGAAAGCCGCUGGGACCCGAGUUCCAACGGAAUACGGGAUUCUGCCUCCAAGGAGAUCUUCACGACGAAACUCAAACCAUUCGAGAGGCCAUCGAGUUCUCUGCUCUGUUGCGACAAGAAGCGUCUGUUCCCCGAGCCGAGAAACUCGCAUAUGUAGACAAGAUUAUUGACUUGCUCGAACUCAAUGACCUUCAAGAUGCCAUCAUCAGCUCGCUCGGCGUUGAAUUACGCAAGCGACUUACCAUUGGCGUGGAGCUUGCCGCCAAGCCGUCCCUACUUCUGUUCUUAGAUGAGCCAACAUCUGGUCUUGAUUCCCAGUCAGCCUACUCGAUCGUCACUUUCCUUAAGAAGCUCUGCGCCGCUGGCCAAGCUAUUGUCUGUACUAUCCACCAACCGAGCUCGGUCUUGAUCCAACAAUUCGACAUGGUACUUGCUCUUAAUCCUGGAGGAAACACCUUCUACUUCGGUCCUAUCGGAGAGAAUGGCAAGGAUGUCAUAGACUACUUUGCUCAGCGUGGGGCUACAUGCCCCCCUGAGAAAAACGUCGCCGAGUUUAUUCUCGAAACUGCUGCGCGACCUCAUAGGCGACCUGAUGGCACCAAGGUUGACUGGAACGAGGAAUGGAGGAAUAGCGAGCAGGCGCAAAAUGUUAUCGAAGAGAUCGAUGGUCUCAAGAGAGUCCGUAGCGCUGUGCCACAUGGUGGUGAAGUCUCAAAUGAACGGCAAAGGGAAUUCGCCGCAUCAGCUUGGGUACAGACAGUCGAGUUGACGAAGCGCAUGUUCAGACAAUACUGGCGCAAAUCUUCCUAUCUUUAUGGAAGAUUAUUCGUCGCGGUAAUCAUCGGAGUCUUCAACGGAUUCACAUUCUGGAAACUCGGAAACAGUGUCCAAGAUAUGCAGAACCGCAUGUUCACCAUAUUCCUAAUCAUCAUAAUUCCAGCCACCAUCGUCAACGCUGUCGUGCCUAGGUUCGACCAGAAUCUAGGCCUAUGGCAAGCCCGCGAGUACCCUUCUCGGAUUUAUGGCUGGGUAGCCUUCAGUACUGCCAACAUCGUUGCUGAAAUCCCCGCUGCCAUAGUUUCUGGUAUUAUAUAUUGGGCUCUAUGGUGUUGGCCCAGCGGUCUCGCUGGUAAUAGCUUGGCUGCCGGAUACUCGUUCAUAAUGACGGUGCUUAUGUUCCUGUUCAUGACCAGCUGGGGUCAGUGGAUCUGCGCGUUUGCACCUAGCCUGAGAGUCAUUGACAAUGUAAGUUCUAGGAUUUGACAUAUUGAUAGGCUCGCUGAUACUAACUACCAGGUGUAGGUAUUACCAUUCUUCUUCGUCAUGUUCAGUCUAUUCAAUGGUGUGGUACGAUCCUACUCAACACUCCCCGUGUUUUGGAGGUAUUGGAUGUACUGGGCCAACCCCUCCACAUACUGGAUCGGCGGGAUGCUUGCCGCGUCGAUUGAUGGAGUUCCCGUUCGUUGCGACCCGUCAGAGACUGCUCAGUUUAACGCGCCUCCGAACAAAACUUGCCAGUCCUACGCUGGCGAGUUUACACGGAGUGCCGGAGGCUACUUGCUUAAUCCCGAGGCUACAACUGGGUGCCAGUACUGCCCGUACAGCGUUGGCAAUGAAUAUCUUGCCACACUAAAUAUUAAUGCUAGCGAAAUAUGGCGAGGUAAGUUGAAAUCCAUAUCUUGUACAAGUUCCUAUAAAUUAUAUGCACAUAUACGUACGG